UUUCAGCGGGCGGAAAAAAAAAAUCUGUCUCGGAUUAUUGCUGCCUUUUCAUGUUACUAUCGCUCCCUGUGCUUGGUUUCAGCCAAUCUCUCCCCUAUGACGCUCUGCGAGGCUGGAUUCAGAGGGACCCGAUCAUAAUAUUUAACACACCCACACAGCCUUCAACAGCAAGAGCACGGGUUUGAGCUGAAGCGCCCGAGUGAGGUCUCCAGCAGCACCUGCCCGGACCGUCCUCUCCCCUCGCCCUCCCGGAGCCCACUCCGCCCGGCACGAAAUGCGGAACUCGUCUGCCUGGGAAGAAGAAGGACGGACCUCCUGGAUUUCGCUUAAACUGCGUGUUUUUAUUUUUUAACGUUUCUGUAUCGUUUUCUCUCUCUCUCUCACCCCCUCCCCUCCGCGGUGGAUACUGGCGCUCAGACGGGGAGAAUAACGAGGACCGUACCAGCGCCGCAACCGAAGAACCGGAAAUAAAAUGAAAGAAAACUAAAAAAAAAAAGAAACACGUUCAGACGUCAAACUGAACACCGAAGGGACGAUUGUUUUCCUCGCUCUGAAGAAGGGACGCGGGGACCGAUGUCUGCUGCACAUCCCGGGGAUGACAACCAGCCUCCGUGCUGCAGUCGGCACGUCCCGGGGAUGGAGCGCCACUACCUACUGUAGACUUCACAUCCACACGCCACGGAUGAGCCGGGCUCGCCUUUUAUACCUGGGCACAGAUUUCCAGACUGCCGAUUUCCAGGACAUUGACAAUGUGCAAGACCGAGGCGUAUCUCCGACCUGAUUCGCGGUAGGAUUUAUGCGGGAGGGCUGAGAAAACCUGUAUUUUUAUUCGCUUGUGUACAGUAUGUGUGCGUGUUAGUGGACAGCAGACACGCUACUCGACUCUCUGUUCAAUUUAUUUUUUUUUUGCCUCUUGUUGAAAAUGAAGCACACGUCGGUGCUGAGGGAUUUUUAAACUCGGCGAAGGAAAUUUCUGUGCUAAACCCGAUCCGAGUCUUCAAAUGUUGGUAACGUUCAGCUCUGUCAGAAUAAAGAACUGACAACCAGAUUUUUUAAAAGAAAACACGACUGUUGUACUCUUAUUUUAUUGUUUAAUAUACAUAUUACGUUCUAUAGCAAUUACCAGGAUAAAACAAUCUGCAGAAGAAGAUGAUUCUGUUUCGGAAAUUCCGAGUCCUGAUCCUCAUGGUGUUUCUCGUUGCGUGCACCAUGCACAUCAUGAUCGACUUGCUGCCGAAACUGGAGAAGCGAGCGACGGGACCGGGCGCCGGCAACAGCGGCUGCUCCUGCUCCCACAGACCGAGCGAGGAGCCCGAGAGCUGGGGCAAGCAGCGGGCAAGGGCCGGGGCAGAGUCGGGCUGGCCUAAUAAGCACACCCUGCGGAUCCUGCAGGACUUCAGCAACGAGCCCAGCUCCAACCUCACGUCGCUCUCCCUGGAGAAAGUCACCGGCGCGGCGGACAGGGCGGAGGGGCCGCAGCGGCGGGAGCAGAGGCCGGCGCAGGCGGGCGACGGCCAGAAACACUUCGUGCAGGAGCCGGGCGCCGGCAGGAGAGCUCCCGCCCCCGGCUCCUCCAGGCUCUCGGCGCUCUUUCAGCACCCGCUGUACAAGACGGAGCUGCCGGCGCUCACGGAAGACGACACCUUGUUUAACGUCAACACGGACAUCAGGUUCAACCCCAAAGCGGCCGAGAACCAGGACUGGCACAGCGAGGGGAAUGAAGAGGAGUACACCCCAACUGGGGAGCCCUCCGCGGACGCGUACCCCAACUGGCUCAAGUUCCACAUUGGGAUUAAUCGAUACGAACUGUACUCCAGACAUAACCCCGUCAUCGAUUCCUUGUUGAAGGACCUCGUCUCUCAGAGGAUCACCAGCGUGGCUAUGAAAUCUGGUGGCACACAGUUGAAACUCAUCAUGACAUUCCAGAACUACGGACAAGCGCUCUUCAAACCCAUGAAGCAAACAAGGGAACAGGAGACGCCCCCAGACUUCUUCUACUUCUCCGAUUUUGAGAGGCACAACGCGGAGAUCGCAGCUUUUCAUCUGGAUAGGAUCCUGGAUUUCCGGAGAGUGCCGCCAGUAGCGGGGAGGCUGGUCAACAUGACGAAGGAAAUCCGGGACGUGACACGCGACAAGAAGCUGUGGAGAACGUUCUUCAUCUCCCCAGCCAACAACAUCUGCUUCUACGGCGAGUGCUCGUACUACUGCUCCACUGAGCACGCUCUGUGCGGCAAGCCUGACCAGAUCGAGGGCUCUCUGGCCGCCUUCCUCCCGGAUCUGGCCCUGGCCAAGCGCAAGACCUGGAGGAACCCCUGGCGCCGCUCCUACCACAAGCGCAAGAAGGCAGAGUGGGAGGUUGAUCCCGAUUACUGCGAGGAAGUCAAACAGACACCACCCUAUGACAGCGGCACGCGGCUUCUGGACAUCAUGGACAUGACCAUCUUCGACUUCCUUAUGGGAAACAUGGACCGCCAUCAUUACGAAACCUUCGAGAAGUUUGGAAACGAGACCUUUAUUAUCCACCUGGAUAACGGACGAGGGUUUGGAAAACAUUCCCACGAUGAGAUCUCCAUUCUGGUGCCUUUAAACCAAUGCUGCAGGGUGAAGAAAUCGACUCACUUGCGCCUCCAGCUGCUGGCCAAGGAGGAGCACAAGCUGAGCGCCCUGAUGGAGGAGUCCCUGCUGGGGGACCGGCUGUCCCCCGUGCUCAUCCAGCCCCACCUGGAGGCCCUGGACCGCCGGCUGCGGCUCGUGCUGCAGGUGCUGAGCGACUGCAUCGAGAGGGAGGGCUACGACAGCGUGGUGGAGGACGACCUCGCGCCCGGCGCCGCGCACACCGCCCACAGCCGGAGGUAGUAGCGCUGGCGGGACGCCCCCCCCGUGCGCUGACACGAGGAGCGCACCAGGAAAGUCUUGCAAAAGACGGUCUUAUUUCAGCCACUUUUUGAAUUCAGUGAAUUCCGAAACCUGUCUAGAUCCCCAAUCCGUGCAAAGUGUGCGUUUAUAUAUACAAAGGUCCGCGUACAUGUAUAUAAACAUGCAUAAAGCACGCAGUAGACUGUCUUAAUAACUGAACACAAAGGUUUAUUGCUUCUAUUCGACGGUACAUAGGAAGAAGAGGAACUUUUCAUCCUGAGGCUUUGUUUGGAGCGCCGGUUUGCUCCAGAUCAUGGUUUGUUUUUAUCCUUUCAAACUCAGUCGCCCAUUGAAAUUUAUUUAUUAAGAAUGUAUUUAUUUUUUAAAAAAUAUCCACCACCACGUCCCUCUCUCCAAGCUGGCCGAAACAGGAAGACGAGAGCGGAGCCGGGGCUGACUUGUCUAACAAUCGAAUUUCCGUGCGGUUCUCGUCCGCAGAAGAAGGAAGAGGGGAGGCAAAACUGUCUCUUUUUCACAGAGAACAAAAACAGCAACUUUUCUAUGCUCUGGGAAGCCUGGAUGGCAGCUGAGCUUCAGACUGUGCCGUUAAACACAGCUGUAUGGCCUUCAGUCCACCGUCACAGCCCUGUGGUAUUAAACCAGCUGCAGAAGCCUGUGGUGACUCCAUCGUUUCUCCAGUCUACAGCACACCUGGCGCAGCCCCGUGCAGUAAUAUGACAGGUGAACAGUCUAGCUGCUGCUGUGUUUUAGUCUCUGGUUUAUUAGUAUUGAUACACCUUCCUUAGGGGAGCAAGGAUACAGGAGACAACAUGACAUUUUUUUUUUCCAUCGAACUUAACUUUGCUAGUAUUGCUGGUCCAGGUGUUAACGCAUUCUCACAGGGAAAUGGCUCUGUGCUCGAGUCAGAGACAGAGAUCGGCCUUGCUGGCACGAGUCACGCAGAAAAAGAGGGUUUAAACAAAGUGCACUGCAGAGGAGCAGUGCGGGAAACGUUUACAAUUUUUUCCACAUACUUCACCUCCUGUGAAAGAGGAAUGUUUUCCUGCGUCUUCUGAAGCCCAUGAUUUUAUUGACCUGUGGCAGGCACAUCACUACAGAAAUCGUACAGUGUUAAUUUUAAGACUUUUUUGUAUUCCUGAAGGACCAAUCAGGGCCUGCUCUGGGUAGAUGAUUCCUUGUACUGGCAGUAAUACGAGAGUGUGAAUGGUACAGUAUGUAAAACUGCUCAACUCAUUAUAGCACUGUUAGUCCCAAUUCAUGAGACAAAACGUCCCUUCAUAUGCUUCAUUCUAUAGUCUCUGCAGAGUUUUUUAAUGUUUUAUCUCAACGAAUCCUAUUUUAUCGCUGUGCAGCAUCACGGUCAGACUUUGCAAAGCGCUUCUCUCUUGCACAGACGCCCAGGUGCUGUGCUUUUUCUUUGAGGUGGAAAGGUGGGAAUGGUGCCCGAACAAAGCCUUAGAAUGGAAUAGGGUUUGUUCCUUGUGUGAGGGGCCCUGGCACACGGAGAGCCCAGAUUCCGCACCUUAGAUCCUCCGAGACGUCCGAUACGCCAUGCCUGUGAUGAGCAGUAUUCUCCUGUGCUGGUUUCUGGGGUCUCUGCUGCACAGGUCCGAAUGGGACCUGGGAGCACUGGGAUUUCCGCAUCAAUCCGGGCUUCCCUCUUGAUGCAGAGUAUAGUUAGUAGAGUUAGUGUAGCGUGUCCUGCUGCCCCAAAGAGCAGAUCAACUUCAUAAGCAUUAAGGCAAACAUUCAGAUUCGGAUCAGCUGUACCAACUUCAGUACAGCUUGGAAAGAAAGCUGUUCAGUUGUUUUUCACCUUUCAAUGGACUCUUUUGCAUUGCAAAGUAAAAUACAGACUUCAUUUCUUUAAACCAUUAGUGAACUUCUCAGGAAAAUCUGGAAAACACCAGUGUCACCUGUGAUUUCAAGCAGUUUGUCGCCCAUUUUCUCUCACUUUGACCACAUGUAGGCGACACUCCAGGGCAGGGCAGUGCUGUAACUGGGGAUAAGCUCUCCGUGACACUGUCAGUCUGGGCUAUUCCCAUAACAGUGUGCCCACCUUUAAAACGAACUUUUAAACCUGUAACAUGCUGAAAUAAAACACAUUCUUAUUCUGAGGUUGGUCUUCUUCGGUGAAGAAAACUAAAUUCAUUUUGUAUUGAGUAUCGCUGAGUAUUUUUUCAUGUAACUGAUCCAGCUGCAAGCAGCUCCCUCAACAGUAAAUGUGUCAUGGAUAUGAUUAACAUAACCGAAUAUGUUAAUUUGUCAUUAUCUGCUUUGCUCCUUUUGGCGUGAAGAUGUUUCCACCCAUUAAAAACCAUUAAUUCUAAAUUCUACUACGUGUUACCAAAAAUGUGAUUAUAUGAGCUCCAGUCCAACUGUAAAAGCUAAUGAAUGUGAGCUUUAGGAAAAAUCAGCUGGCUACAAUGCCUUCCCAGUUCAAAGGCUGUUGAUACUAUUAUACUGUAUAUACUCUGUAUAUACCAUCGGGUCCAGCUCAGUAGUAGUGUGCAGGUUAAGGUGAAGGUACAAGAAAAAAAAGCUUAUUCCAAAAUACUGAUUUCACACCACCGCUUUCCCAUCCCAGAAUGCAAUUAAAUCUGAAUAGACACAAAUGUCACUGUGCAUGCUCCUGACAGCUGGGGCUGUGCACCAUUCUCUCACCGGAAGAACCAUAUUGGGAAGCCAAUGCAAGAGGAGCUGGCUAGCUGGCAGUACCCGACAGCAGACUGCUGGAAAGUUAUAUGGAAAAUUGGAAACUCCCUGAUUAUCCCAACCUGCCACAUAAAAGCAGCUCAUAUAGCAAGGUGUGCCAUCUGCUCACAGACACUUGCACUGGCUGCGGCUGCUGCACUGUUGGUGUAACACCAGCACAGGCACUGGCGCAAUGCCAGUUUGGCCACUGGACCAAGGGGACCCUGCACGAGCUCAGGCAGGCAGGGUGGUGUUUGGAUGUUGGCCCAUGGGCUGAUGGCUGACCAACACCUCAUCGACCUCGGCAUGCUGUCUGACUGAUCUAAUCAAAGCAUACACAUGACUGCCCUGGACGUUAAAUCUAGAAGACACUUGCCCUGGUUAUACUUUUAUGUUGUGUUUUUUAAAAUCUUUUUUUUUUUUACAAUGCAAUGUUAUUUAUUGAACUCUAAGGGAGAAUUUAACUGAAAAGGGGGAGAUGUAUUUUUUUUUCUCUGUUACCGUUUAAUUCUUAGGAUGAUGUCACUGGAGAGGUUAAAGAUAGAUGGGUGUACAUUUCUUUAUUGUUGAACAGUAGAGUGCAAUGCUAAAAGCAAUUAUUUAAAAAACUGAACAUUAAUAAAUUAAAACAUAAAAGUUAACCCAGUGCCUGUGCAAUGACAGAAAUACUUGAAUGUUUGGGUUCACUAAAAAAAGUGAAAAAAGAAAUUCUUUAUACCUGGAUUAAAAAGGAGGUUGAGGGGGAGUGGAGUACUGGAACUUCUGAUCUCCCUUCUAAGCUGUGGUAGCAGAGUUGCUACUAGAUGUUUUUUUUUCUGUUGGAUUUUCAUAGUUCACUGUAAAUAACUAUAAAUACUUUGACAAUAUAAAGAGCUGUUUUCUGCAGCUGUAGGCUUCCGUUUCUUUUUGCAUUGUUUCUGUGGAAUUUGUUUGCAACAUGGUACAAGUGCAAUAAACAAAAAUAUGGCAGA